GGACAACUGCACGCCCGGCGAGCCCGAGCCGGGGGCGAAGGGCGACCACGCGGGCGAGGCCUGGACAUGCAGGCUGGCCAACCCGGCCUGCGCGUGCUCCGGCCGGUGCGACGGCGGCGCGGACUGCCCAAGCUUCCCGGAGAUGCACUACAUCUAUGCGGCCGCCUGAGAGCGAGGAGGACCUGCGCAGGGCGAAGGCCAUGGCGGAGGAGAUGCGGCGGCACUCCUGCGGCGAGGAGGGCCUCGUGAGAGUCCCUGGCGUCAACCCCGCCGGCUGGCCGGAGGGUCUCGGCCGCUACGACGAGGUCGAGUGGUUCGGGCGCAUGCUGCCCAAGGUCAAGGACGUCGGCGCCGACGCCCACUGGUGGGAGUCCCACAACCUGGCCUACGCCGAGGUGGACGAGAAGGGGCGGAGCACGUGGCUGCAGAGGGGCCUCGACCACCACGCCGGCUGCAGCCUGUCUCACUUCGUCACCUGGAUGGGGGCGCGGAGCCGAGGGCUCAGCCACGUGAUCGUGGCGGAGAGCGACAGCCUCCCGUCGUACUGGUGGCAGGUGUACGUGGGCGACGACGCGGAGUUCGACAGUGGGGUGCUGGCCUUGCUGCAAGACGCGCCCGACGGCUGGGAUGUGAUAAUGCUGGACAAGGGCAAGUUCGGCGUGAAGCCAGGCCAGCCGGCGGUAAAGUCAAUGACCCGCGGGUGCUGGAAAAGCCCAUACAACAUCUAUAACUGGACCGGCCAGGGAGUGGCGGGCCUGACCCUGUACAUGGUCAGCGGCCGCUUCCUCGAGAAGGUCCCGCGGAUGAUACACGAACACAGCCUGGACAUGGUCGACGCGUGGAUGAACCUGCGCUGCAACCCCGACGCGGCUGGCGGGGGCCAGCUGCAGUGCUACUCUGCUGUGUCGGCCAGCCGGGACCUGGGCGCCGGCGUGGACGUGGCGGAGCGGGCGGAGGCCGGCGAGACGCGCGGGGACUCCUCCAUGUCGCCCCUGGACUCGGGGGCGCUCGCCGAGAGGCGGGGCCUGCUGCAGGGAAUCGCCGAGCCGGCCUGGUCCCUCAGCAUGCCCGUGGGCGUGAAUUUUGGGGCGUGGCUGUGCCUCGAGGACUGGUUCUUCUCCGGCGCCGCCGGGGAGUACGUCGACAGCGGCUGGCCCGGGAGCGCCUCGGCCGCCGCGGGGCAGGGGGCCUGCCUGCCCCCCGGGCUGCCGCGCGCCGGCGAGCCCUGGAAGUCGGAGGGCACGCUGACGAAACAGCUGGGCGAGGAUGCCGUGAGCGCUAUCACGGAGUUCCGCAACACCUACAUCACGGAGGACGACUGGCGACAGGCUGCAGCCGCUGGCAUCACGUCUGUGCGCGUGCCUAUCACCUGGGCGGCGUUUGCCGAUGCGCUGGCUGAGGCGGCCCCGGACGCAUACGGAAAGCAUGAUCCAGACCUGGACACCGUCAUCGUGCCAGAUCCGUUCUAUUCUGAGUCGCUUGCAUUUGCGACGAUCCCCCGGAAUUUCCUGCGAACGAUUCUGGACAAUGCGAGCAGGCACAAUCUUACGGUCAUCUGGGAUAUCGAAGGCGCCUUCGGCGAGGCCUCUCCGCCUUCGGCCUUGGUGGCAGGGGCCGUGCGGCCAAACGUUGGCCAAGAGUUUGGCCGAGCUCGUGGACGAUGUGUGGCCCCACGGCUUUUUCAGAUAUGAGUUUGCGGACCAUGGGGGGCCUCCUAUCCGUAAGUUGGUUCUGGAGGGAGGGGACCUCUUAGCCCAUUUUGGUCGUCAGGCGACCCGAGGGGAUUUGGUUCUGGGGGGCUCGAAUCGGUGAUUGGGACCAACGCGUGCUGCACCGGUCAUUUCAACAUCGGUAACACCAGCACUAGUCUCACAGAGGCAGGGAUUUGGAUCGUCCAGGCCUUGAUCCGUUGGGUUGAAGAAGGUCUCUCCCACGAGCAGCGCAACACAAUAUCAGGACUUUGUCUGAUGAACGAGCCUGCUCACCUGAGCUGGGGGGAGGGCUGGGCAGAUCAGGAACAGACGUUGGAUUGGGUCAGGCGGGCGAUGGAUUUGUUCAGGUGGUCAAGUUUGCCCCAGCGGGGUGUUUCCUUGUAUGUCAAUCUCGUCGAGACAGCGUUCAGAAUUUCGAGCGAGGGUUUCGAGCAGACGUUCUCGUCAUGGUGGAGGGAGCACACCUCGGCAGAAGAGAGGAGCAGCUGGGCGGUCAUGGACCUCCACAAGUACUGGGCCUGGGACCCGGACUGCAGCGGGUGCGACGAGUGGCGGGCCAACGGCCAGCCCGUGUGCGCCUGGACGUCCGACACGCCCGGCGACGAGGUGCAGGCGAAGCUGCGGGGGUGCAUCGCUCGCUGGAGGGACCGCGUGAGCGCGACGCUCCCCGACGGGCUGACGGCCAUCUCGGAGUUCUCCGCGGGCACGUGGCGCCGCGGCUCCACGGCGGUGCGCGCCCUCGACCUGACGCGCGCGUACUUCCAGAUGCAGGUGCAGGCCUUCCGGGAGAUCAGCAUCGAGCCCUUCUUCUGGAACUGGAAGAUGCCGUACGGGCCCACCUUCCAGUCGGGCUGGAGCCUGAAGUCUCUCUUGGGCAUCGAGUCGGGGGGCUUGCCCAGCCAGUGCGGAGACGCUGGCGGCGAGGAGGCCACCGAUGAACAGAGGAAAGCCUAGGUCCCCUCCCUCGUGGAGCUCGGGCUCGAGCUCUUGGCACUGGCUGCCCAGCGUCCUCAAGCUCAAUGGUCAGUCGUCUCAGGAAUAAAGUUUGUUAGUUAAGAGUUCUCAGCAUGCCUUUGGAUUUGGUCACCGCUCGCCUGGCUUGACCAUAAACGAGUCCUUCCAUUUCGGGAUUUUAUGCAGUAUGGUUUUGAUCGUUGAUCACGGACUCAUUGCCAGACAUCGCACAGCUGCAAUGAGAUUCCACACUCAGAUUCUUGUGACUUGUCCACACCCCUCACAUCGCCCUCCUGCUUCCUUUGGUCACCCCGCCACCUGUGGCCAGCGGGUCGGCCGCGAUGUCAGGCGGGCUCAAGUUCAUCCGGUGCGCGGCGAGCCGUCGAUCGUCGGCAAAGCCCGCGCCUCCGCGGUCUCUCCCUGCUUCCGGUUUCAUCCCGCUCUUGGUGUCAGCGCUCGCUUCUGCAAGUAAUUCGUGCUCCAGAUGGACCCCCAGCGGAUGGCAUGUCUGAGGUGGUUGCCGACGACGACGACGACGUCAUCGUCAUCGUCAUCGUCGUCGUCAUCGUCGUCGACGUCGCCGUCGUAUCUAAUCAAGUAGCUUUAGACGCGGUUAUUUCAAAUUCGGGCGGCGGCACAGCUCCGCGCCUGGUGGCUCGGCGAGGUAAUGUCCUCGCUCGUCUCCGGCGAGUUCCGCGGUGCCCACUUCGGGCUUCUCUAUGUCAGGCGCGACGAGGAGCUCCAGAGAUAGCUAGGACUGGGAGCAGGACAAAAAGAGCUGG